UGUUCUUGUUUUUGCAGGUAUCUUUGAAUCCUGAGUGGCUUCUUGCUGCCAAAUAGAGUAUGGCAAACCCCUCCCUGAAGACUCACCUUCCAUGCAGUACUGAGCAGCUAACCAUGGUGCUAAUUUGCUGAGGUCUGUGGACAAACAGACAGGAAGGUAAACUGUGAUGACUGGCAUGUCUCACCUCAGGGCACUGGGGAAAGUAUGAUGGUAUAUGGACAGUGAGAGAACUGUCCUCUGAAAUGCAGGUAAAAGAGGAGAGAGAUCAUGUAAGAGCAGGCACUUGUUUACAGGGAAAAUCUGCUUAGAUGAAGCAAGAGCUCUGAAAGACAAGUGUGUCACAGAUGUGUAGUGUCAUCCUGGGGUGUUUGGGUGCUAGACUCUAAUAUGGCCAUCAGUGUAGUCUGAAGGGAGUAUGUGCAAAUUGAUUGCUAACACAUGGCUGUUGAGAGGACUAACUCCAGAAACAGCCAUAACAGCUAAACUAUUUCAGUCCCACAAAGAGGUGAGUGUUGGCUGCGGUAAAUGUUGCUCAAGAAAAGCGCAUUUCAAAGAGGAGCUGGUGCAGAGGUAACUGCCUUCAACAGGUCUUCCAUGGACUGCUCAGGAGAACUCUUUGCCUUCCUGCGCUAGUGGAGUUUUACCAUUGAGUUCACCGAGGCCAGCAUUUUGCCCUAGGAGUUAAGAUUAGAGAAAUGUAUGUUCUGGUGAACAAUUUCACAGCAGAGCUUGGAGGUUUUUUGUGGUCUUUGGUUGCAGUGCCUAUGGUAACUUGGAAUGAAAGAUGUGUGUUGAGUUAGUGAUAACUGCUGGAAGGAAAAUAAUUUUCAGUCUUUUCUUGCUCUCCAAAAAUAAUCAUCAUCACUUAGAUUUAAAGAAUAAAUUAUCUGAUGAAAAAAUAAGUAUUUAAAUGGUGCCUAAUAUAUUUUUAGCUGUUCCUGAGCUUGUAAUGUUUAACUUCUCUGCUUCUGGUGAAAAUACUUGUGGGUUUUUUAUAACUGUGCUUAAAAGGAUUGCAGGAGCAAGACAAUUUGAACAGCAUGUGAAAUUGGCAACCUGGAAACAAACAUCUGUGGAAAGAAAAAGUAUAAUUAGUCUUAAUUUUUUUUAUUGUAGAGUUCAAGGGCAGAUGCACUGGAGACUGUCUUAUUCUUAUAAAUUCUUAGUUUUCAUUAAUUACUGGGGUUUAAGAUAUGGUUUAAUUGACAAAUAGUAUAAUAAGCAUUAAUUUUCUCUCUCAGAACAAAGACUGCUUUCUAGAAGAAUCUGAUAAUGAAGAAGAAAAUGUGUGAGCUGUACACAGCUCUUAGAGUAUUCCAGUCAGUUAUUAUAUAGUAUCACAUCUUUACCUCAUUAAAUAUUCACCUUAAAGUUCUGGAUUUUAAAUUAUUAUGGGAAUGCAGUUUUCCAUCUUUGUUAUUUAUUGAUAUACCUCUGGUAGUUUUGGGGAAAGAGCUGAAAUGUAACUUAUAACAUUUAAAAACAUAAGUUUGCAAAUAAAAAGCAUACCGAAAUUAUUUCCUUAUUUAGGUUUUGAGUUCUUGAAAGCUUGAUAGACCUAGAGGGGUUUUGGCUGCUGUAGAGCUUAAAGGAAUAAUGUUUAUAACUGAUAACUGGAAAUCAGUAGAAUGUUGUGUUUAGUGGCUUAUAAUUUUUUCAACGCCUAAAACCGAUUCUCUUGUCUCUGACAGUAGGGAAAAAUUUAGAAUAGUUUCUUGCAAAGCCGACAUGUGUUCGUGCUUUGGCAUAGAUCCCUGAUGUCUUUUGAUGGAAAAGGAGCUGUUCCUGUGAACAGUCCCUCAAAUUUAGCUGUUAAAAGCCUUUGAGAAGUUUGUGUUUCCGUAUUGCAGUGAUGUCUGUAAAGGAGAGUUGGAGAAAAUCCAUUAAUACUGCUGACCUAUCUUUGUCUUAAUGUUUUCCUCAGGAUUGCUUCUCCUUCUCUUGGAAGGAUGCUUCACCUGGCCCACUGUCACUAUUCAUGUGCGCAUAAGACUUGAAAAACCGUGGUGAGAAGAAACAGUUUGAUGACCCUCCAGCACAAUGAUCUCCAUUUACAUGCACUUCAUAAACUCUCACCUGCUUUACCAGCGCAUACUACCUCUGCCAAGAGAAAGUUUUCUGGAAAAAAGGAAAGAUCUGCUGUGAGGUUACACCAAGGCUUCUGGUUUCUGAUGUCCCAGAGCUCAGAAGAAGUAUCCCAGAUAACUGAAACCAAGCCGACUAGCACUUGAACACAGGUAUAUUUUACUCACCUCCCAGAUCUUCAGCAGCUGUUCAUGAGUACCAGAAGUUCCUGCAAAUAUUGGCUGCCCCUGGAUCAUUUCAACAAAUAUACAGCCUGCACUCCUGCAAGAAAACCAAGUUUGUAGAAAUUACAUUGUUCCUUUUGAAAGAGGAAUGAUUUGGUGGUGAUGGAGUGCUGCCACUGACAGAUGGACUCACAGGAAAGAAGCUCAGAAGAGGCAGAAGGAGCCAAAGAGAGAGGCCUGGUCUAUGUUUGGAAGGCUGGUUCCUGCUCUGUAACUCCAGAAAGGCUUCCAGGCCUCAGUGGAAAGACUAUAUUACAGGCAGCCCUUGGAAUACAUCAUGGGUUACUUCUAACAGAAGGUGGAGAGGUCUACAGCUUUGGAAAACUGCCCUGGAGAUCAGGAUCGGAGGAGUCAUGUGCUAAUAGCCCUAUCUUAGAAAAUACUUUGCUUGGGCAUCAUGUUAUUACAGUGGCAGCUGGCAGCUUCCAUAAUGGAGCCGUAACAGAAAGUGGUGUGGUGUACAUGUGGGGGAACAAUUCUGCUGGCCAGUGUGCAGUUGCUAAUCAGCCAUGUGUACCAGAGCCACAACCCAUCAGUAUUUCUGAUUCUGAAACCAGUCCUCUGUUAUCAGUAAGGAUUUUGCAGCUAGCAUGUGGAGAGGAACACACACUGGCACUAUCACUAAGCAGAGAGAUAUGGGCUUGGGGGAGUGGCUGCCAGCUCGGUCUCAUAACAACAACUUUCCCAGUAACAAAGCCACAGAAGGUAGAGCACCUGGCAGGGCGCGUUGUGCUCCAGAUUGCCUGUGGAGCCUACCACAGCCUGGCUCUGGUACAAUGUCUCCCUGUGCAGGAAAUGAAACCUAUCCCAGAGAGGUGCAAUCAUUGCAGCCAACUCCUCAUUACCAUGACGGACAAGGAAGAUCAUGUCAUCAUUUCAGAUAGUCACUGUUGCCCACUGGGCGUAGCACUGUCCGAUAACCGACCAGAAAGCCAUGCGUUCUGUCCCUCACUGGAGACCCUGGAAGGAAAAAGUCUAUCAAGUAGCCAAAGUGAAGACUCUCAGAAACCACUUGUGGAAGAACAUACGCUUGUUGCUUUAGAAGCUGAUGGAGCAAGUGUGUUUUCCAGUAACGAUGGGCAGGAAGACAGUGGAAUUUCUAGUCCUGGAAAUAUUCUGUUCCCAGACAAAAAAGGAGUGAAAGAGUACUUAAUCAGUUUAUCAGAUCACUCAUUAAGUGAGAGCCUGGAGAAAAACAUCUGCCCAGAACCUGAGCAGCCUUCACAAGAAGAACAACUCGGUGCUUGUAUCCCUGGCCCUCCAGGUACCAGCACAUCUGCCUUGAACAGCUUGGUGGCCUCUUGUGCAUCAGCAGUUGGAGUGAGAGUAGCUGCUACAUAUGAAGCUGGAGCACUGUCUCUGAAGAAAGUAAUGAACUUCUAUGGCGCACCUCCAAGUGAAUCAGGAUCUCAGUCUGGCGGUGGUUCCCCAGGGCCUGAAGCUCUGAAAGACAGUCGAGAAGAGCAGGUCAGACAGGAAUCCAUGCAGGGGAAGAAGAGUUCCAGUUUAGUAGAUAUUAGAGAGGAGGAAUCUGAAGGAGGAAGUCGAAGGCUUUCCCUGCCUGGCUUGUUGUCACAAGUUUCUCCUAGGCUCUUACGGAAGGUAGGGCGGGCAAAAAUGAGGACUGUAGCUCUGACUCCAACCUACAGUGGUGAGGCUGAUGCUCUUUUACCCUCUCUAAGAACGGAGGUGUGGAGCUGGGGAAAGGGGAAGGAAGGACAGCUAGGGCAUGGUGAUGUUCUGCCAAGGCUUCAGCCACUAUGUGUGAAAAGCCUAGAUGGUAAAGAAGUGAUUCAUCUCUCUGCUGGUGGCCAUCAUUCCUUAGCACUCACUGCCAAAUCUCAGGUGUAUUCUUGGGGCAGUAAUACCUCCGGCCAGCUUGGUCACUUGAACUCCCCGACAACAGUCCCUCGUCUGGCAAAGGUGUGUGGCAAUGGUGUUUGGACUACAGCAGCAGGACUAGAUUAUUCCCUCUUCUUAGCAGAUGAGGAAGAUUUUCAACCUGGAUUAUAUUACAGUGGCCAGGAGACAACAAAAGAAAAUAGCUUGUAUGAAAACAGCUGUACUAAGAGUCCAGCUUUGUUACUAUCCUGUAGUAAGAUAGGAUACAUAAGCAAUGUGAUAGCUGGUGGUGACAACUGUUUGGUCUUAGUAGACAAAAACGUAAUGGGAUAUAUUGCCAGUUUGCAUGAGUUGGCUUCUACUGAGAGAAGGUUUUAUUUCAAACUGAGUGAGAUCAAAUCUCAGGUUCUUAGACCUCUUUUAGGUUUAGAUAAUUUGGGCAAUGCAAAUACAAUCCAGUUGUUGCAGGAAAUGGCAAGCAGGUUCAGCAAGCUGUGCUAUCUCAUUGGUCAACAUGGAGCUUCUUUAAGUAGCUUUCUUCAUGGAGUAAAAGAAGCCAGGAGUUUGGCCAUCCUGAAGCAUUCCAGUCUCUUUUUGGAUAGUUACACCGAGUAUUGUACUUCAGUAACAAACUUCCUCGUAAUGGGAGGAUUUACACUCCUCACGAAGCCAGCAAUAGACUUCUUGAGUAAAAACCAGGAGCUGUUACAGAAACUGUCUGAGAAGAAUGAGGAAAACCUCCAGCUAGUGGAAGUUCUGAAUGCUCUGUUUUUCAUGCCGUUUGGACGACUUCAUAAUUAUGCUAGAACUUUGCUAAAGCUUGCCACAUGUUUUGAAGUGGCAUCUCCAGAAUACCAGAAGCUACAGGAUUCUAGCUCUUGUUAUGAGAGCCUUGCUGUCCAUCUUAACAGAAAAAGGAAAGAAGCAGAAUACACACUUGGCUUCUGGAAGACCUUUCCUGGGAAAAUGACGGAUUCCUUGCGAAAGCCAGAGCGUCGCUUAAUCUGUGAAAGCAGCAAUCGUGGCUUGUCUCUGCAGCAUGCGGGAAGAUUCUCUGUAAACUGGUUCAUCCUCUUUAAUGAUGCUCUGGUACAUGCUCAGUUCUCAACGCACCAUAUUUUUCCCUUGUCUACACUGUGGGUAGAAGCUCUUUCAGAAGAAGCUGGUAAUGUGAAUGGAUUGAAGAUUACAACACCAGAAGAACAGCUUGUUCUUGUUUCUUCAACACCACAGGAAAAGACCAAGUGGCUGAGGGCAAUAAGUCAAGCAGUGGAUCAGGCCCUUAGAGGGACUUCUGACUUAAUUCUAUAUGGAGCUGGUGGGAAUGUGCCAAGACAGGAGCCUCCUAUUUCUCGCAGUGCCAAAUACACCUUCUAUAAGGACCCUCGAUUUAAGGAUGCUGUUUAUGAUGGGAGAUGGCUUUCAGGAAAACCCCAUGGCAGAGGGAUCCUAAAGUGGGCAGAUGGAAGAAUGUACUCUGGCACUUUCCGGACUGGGCUGGAGGAUGGGUAUGGUGAAUACCAAGUGCCAAACAAAGCCUUGAAUAAGGAUGACCAUUAUGUGGGGUACUGGAAGGAAGGCAAAAUGUGUGGGCAUGGAGUCUACAGCUAUGCUACUGGUGAGGUGUAUGAAGGGUGUUUUCAGGAUAACAUGCGUCAUGGGCAUGGUCUGCUACGCAGUGGGAAGCUGACCUCUUCCUCUCCCAGUAUGUUCAUUGGACAGUGGACAAUGGAUAAGAAGAGUGGUUAUGGAGUUUUUGAUGAUAUCACAAGAGGAGAAAAGUAUAUGGGAAUGUGGCAAGAUGAUGUUUGCCAAGGCAAUGGUGUUGUGGUUACCCAGUUUGGACUGUAUUAUGAAGGAGCCUUCAGCAUGAACAAAAUGAUGGGGACUGGAAUUCUGCUUUCUGAGGAUGAUACAAUCUAUGAGGGGGAAUUUUCAGAUAACUGGACUCUGAGUGGGAAGGGAACUCUGACCUUGCCAAAUGGAGAUUAUAUUGAAGGGCUCUUCAGUGGAGAGUGGGGAUCUGGGAUAAAAAUCACAGGAACAUACUUCAAACCUAGCUUGUAUGAGAAUGAGAAGGACAAACCUAAAGCAUUGCGGAAACUUGGGAUUCUGGCAGUGCCUCCUGAUGAAAAAUGGAAGGCAGUAUUUGAAGAAUGCUGGAACCAGCUUGGUUGUGAGAGCCCGGGCCAGGGGGACAGAUGGAAGGCUUGGGACAACAUUGCGGUGGCCCUGACCACCAACCGGCGGCAACACAAAGACAGCCCAGAAUUAUUGAGCCGUUCACAUACUCAGACACUGGAAAGUCUGGAGUUCAUUCCACAACACAUUGGUGCCUUCACCCUGGAAAAAUAUGAAAAUAUAAAAAAAUAUUUGAUAAAGGCUUGUGAUACUCCUCUCCAUCCAUUGGGCAAGCUGGUGGAAACACUGGUAGCUGUCUACAGAAUGACCUAUGUUGGAGUUGGAGCUAAUCGGCGAUUACUGCAGGAGGCUGUAAGAGAGAUAAAGUCCUACCUCAAACGCAUCUUCCAACUGGUUAGGUUCUUGUUCCCUGAUCUUCCGGAAGAGGGCAGCACAAUUCCAUUUGUGGCGACAGAGACAAAAGGGAGGCGAUCAUUUUGCAGUGGGAAGUCUGACUCGAGAUCAGAAUCUCCUGAGCCAGGCUAUGUGGUAACCAGUUUUGGGUUGCUGCUCCCUGUAUUACUGCCACGACUCUAUCCUCCUCUCUUUAUGUUGUAUGCCUUAGACAACGAGCGUGAGGAAGAUAUUUACUGGGAAUGUGUUUUACGUCUAAACAAACAAACUGAUAUGGCUCUCCUGAGUUUUCUUGGAGUGCAAGCGAAAUUCUGGCCAGGAACUGUAUCCAUCCUUGGAGAGAGUAGAAAGGUAUCAUCAAAUACAAAAGAUGCCUGCUUUGCCUCUGCAGUUGAAUGUUUACAGCAAAUCAGUACCACGUUCACCCCAGCUGACAAGUUGAAGGUGAUCCAGCAGACUUUUGAAGAGAUCUCUCAGAAUGUACUUGAGACUCUUCAGGAAGAUUUUCUGUGGUCCAUGGAUGACUUAUUUCCUGUUUUUCUUUAUGUGGUGCUACGAGCCAGGAUAAGGAAUUUGGGGUCUGAGGUGCACUUAAUCGAAGACUUGAUGGAUCCUUAUCUGCAGCAUGGGGAGCAAGGCAUCAUGUUCACUACCUUGAAGGCAUGUUACUACCAGAUUCAACAUGAAAAGCUUACCUAGACCGUCGUUUAUGACCUGGCUCUGUGGGAUAAUCUACUCGGUGGAAUUUCACUAAUACCCACUUUCUUCCCUGAAAUGGCACUUAAAAAAUACCCUGUUACAUUCUGUUGUUACAGAUGAAAACACUCAGUUGUUUCUUCUGAACUCUCAGUUUUAAGACUGGAAAACUGCAGCCAGAGACUAUCUGUCUGUGAAGUGGUGAUGAAGCGAGAGACUUGAUUUGUCAAUACCUGCCAAGAAGAAAUCAUUUCCUAUUCUAACAGAAAGAUUAUUUACUCCUUUUAAGUCGAUAAUGCUGCAAAAAGGCAUGGCGUCCACAUAGAGUACAUGUGAAAGUCUGGACUGCAUGGCUUCCAAAGCAGUGGGGUUGUAUUUAUUAUUCCUGGUUUGUCAAGAGAGACAUUUGAAGGGAAUUACUUGCGCCACAGAACUGUUCAAUCUCCCUGAAUUAAGCUAUUAUGUUUGUUUAUUUCAAAAAUAGAAGUAUGUUAGUAUUUUUAAUGGGUAACCUAUAGUUUGGCUAUAAAGGGUUUGAGGCAUCUGUGUUGAACAUCAUUGCUGAAUGCAGUAUUAAUGUGCUGCUGUGGUAAUAAUCACACUGUUAUGGACUUUACUGGAGUUAUAAAUAUACAGUCAUUCACUACUCUUUCUGUUUAUGAAAUAAAUAAAAGGCACUGACCACUUCAAAUUUUGGCACUGAAUUAAAUACUUGAAAUCUGUAGUGUUCAGUUUCAUUACCCUGAGCCCAGAGGACAAACGCUUUCUCUGGAAGCCCAUGUGACAGAGGAAUGGGAAUGUGCUCUUGAACAAGCUGACCAUGGAUUAGGUUUGAGACUUUUGCCUGUUAACUUAUGCGUCAAAGUGAAAAAAGCUAACCUUGUUGCAUUUUUGAACAUGUAGAGAACAAAUAAUUUCCCGGGAAGAUUUUUUUGUGUGUCUGUGUAUUUCUGUGGUUUAUGGUUAACUUUAUUUAUACCAAUAACACUAGUGGGUAACUUGGGUAUUGUAGGUGCUGUUCUUUACCAUGGCUGAUGCAAAAAAGGGGGAGAGAGGAGCAGACUGUAGAAUGUUCUAAUGGCUUAAGUUAUGUCAAAUUACCAUAGAUAAUGCUAAUCAUAUUUUUGAAACAGUAAUCAUGGCUUGUGUAUUGGCACUUAAAUGGAAAGAAACCAUAGUGUUAAAAUACUCUUUUGAACAGUGACUGUAAUGUAGCAAUUUUCAUAAUAAAGCAAGAAUGAUUGGUC